CAGCACGCUACCUUCAGAUUCUUAGUGCUCUGCUGCUCCGCUUCUACGGUCUACCCCACCCUGGAUGUUAGCGCUGUCACUUGCUGGCAGCCGAGCAGUCACUGCGCACACCACGCAACCGGUCGUUUCCUCCUGAUUGUCGUUAUACCUCUCGAACUUUUGCGAUAGUGCUUUUAAUAGUCUCUUCCUGCUUAUAUCGGAGGCAGUCCAGUCGAAAGUAGGCGGCGUCCAUUGCGACGGACGAGGCGAUGCUGACGUCAUUCUAGAGAAUGCCGUCUCCCCGCGAGCCCGUAGAGCUGCCCGACCGAGGCUUCUCGAGGCGCUGCCGACUCUGACCUAGGGAUUGCCGACUCUGACCUAGGGAUUGCCGACUCUGACCUAGGGAUCGUCGACCCAACAUCGAGGCGGGGACCGGCCUGCCGCGAGCUCGUGGGUCGACCUGCCAGUAGCGCGUUUCGGCGAGUAGCGCGUCGUCAGAAUCUAGGCGUGGACGGGCGGGCGGGCGAUCGCAGUGCUGGGCGGUGGUAGAGAGGCGCAUAGAGCAUUGAGCAUUGCGGAUUGCGCAUUGGGCAGGAGAGGGGCGCGAUGGCGGGGCUGGCGAAGAUGAAGAAGAAGCUGCUGCCGCUGCAGACGGACGGCGGCGUCAGAGCGCCCGACUCGGGAGGCGUCGGGGCCAUGCCCGCCAUGGCCAACGACCCCUACGCCUCGUAUAAGGUCAGCGAGGAGGGGCACAUCAACCUAAUGAGCCAGUCGUUUAACGAGUACGCGAUCAGCGAGCAGGGCCUGCAGGUGAACAAGGACGGCCAGCACUCGGAGGACAGCGGGUCGGGCGGCGAGAAGACGUACCGCUGCGCGUCCAACGAGAUGCUCGUGUUCGGCGCGAUCGGGUCGGGCGCGAGCAGCGUGGUGUGCAAGGCCAUCCACAUACCCACGCACCGCCUGCUCGCGCUCAAGAAAGUCAACGUCUUCGAAAAGGACAAGCGGCACCAGCUGCUGAACGAGAUUCGCACGCUGUGCGAGGCGCCGGCGGCGCCGGGGCUGGUGGAGUUCUACGGCGCGUUCUACCAGCCCGACAGCGGGCAGAUCAACAUCGCGCUGGAGUACAUGGACGGCGGGUCGCUGGCGGAUGUGGUGCAGGUCACCAAGACCAUCCCCGAAAACAUCCUCUCCGCCAUCACCAGGCGGGUGCUGCAGGGCAUGCAGUUCUUGCACGGCGAGCGGCGCAUGGUGCACCGCGACAUCAAGCCCGCGAACCUGCUUUUGAACCUCAAUGGCGACCCCAAGAUCACCGACUUCGGCAUCAGCACCGGGCUGGACCACUCCCUCGCCAUGUGCGCGACCUUUGUGGGCACGGUGACGUACAUGUCGCCCGAGCGCAUCGCCAACCAGAACUACUCCUUCCCCGCCGACAUCUGGAGCCUGGGCCUCGCCCUGCUCGAGUGCGGCACGGGGACCUUCCCUUACACCGCUGAUAAAGGGCCCAUCAACCUCAUGCUGCAGGUGAUGGAGGACCCAGCGCCCACGCUGCCGCCGGGGUACUCGGCGGAGUUCCAGUCGUUCGUCAACGACAGCCUCGAGAAGGACCCCUUCCAGCGCCCCACCGCCGACGUUCUGCUGCAGCACCCGUUCAUCACGAAGCACACGGAGGAGGACGUGGACCUGGCGGGGUACAUCCAGAACGUCGUCAACCCCACCGACCGACUCAAGGACCUCUCCAAUAUGCUGAUGGUGCACUACUACAUGCUGUUCGACGGCCCCGACACCAUGUGGCCGCACAUCGAGAGCUUCUACAAGCCCGACGCCACGCUCAUGUUUGGGCACCGCGUGUACACGGGCGGGGAGCAGAUCUUUGCAACGCUGACGUCGAUCCGCACCAUGAUGCUGGGCGAGCAGAAGUCGGAGCGCCUUGUGCACACCGUCGAGAACCUCGAGUGCUGCGCGUACGGCCGCCGCGGUGUGAUGGUGCGCGUGUCGGGCGCGCUGGUGGUGGGGCGGCAGUUCAUCCCGCCGCCCGGCACGCAGGUGGAGGGGAUCACGAGCGGCGGGGCGACGGGGUACAAGGGGCACGGGAAGAAGCUGGGCAGCUUCAUCGAGCUCUUUGUCAUCGAGCCGGGGGAGGCGUCGGGGUCGUACCUGGUGGCCAAGCAGGAGCUGUACGUGCAGAAGUGACGGGGGGGGAGGGGGGGGAGCAUACAGCAGUGGGCUGGGGUUGGCGCAGCAGAUUUAUAGCAGCAGAAAGUGAUCUAGAGAGGCUUCUACAGAUGUGGGCAGGUCAGGGAAUGUGGUACAGGGCUGAAGGCAGGUGUGGAUGGCAGUGCAUGCAGUGUACAGUGGCAGGCACUGGUGGUUGCAUUGCUUGUUAUGAGGAACGGUUUCUUGCAAUGAGUAUGGCCGCUGCUGUGUGGUAGCAGCAGAUGGAAAGGAACAGGGCGUGGUGGGUGACCCACAUUCCCACAUGAUACAAGUCAACAAUACGGCAGCGGCAAUGCUCUGGAUGGAUGGAUGGAUGGAUGGAUGGAUGGUGCGAGAGGGUGAAUAUCCUACUGGGUGUCUGCACGUCUCAAUAGCAUUCUUGGGGGGCUGAUAAACCUUGAUGAACGAUGGUACCUCAUACUCCAGAGAGCUACAGAACCAACCCAAGACUCUUCAUUAUUGCCCAUUCCUACAGUUUUAGGCCG